AUGGAUUACACGGAGGACAACCAGAACUCGGCUCCUGGCAGCGUCCCUGCUGCCAAGGUCAACAAUGGUCGUUCAGGUCCCGACUCUCAGAGCACUACCAAGAGACUCCAGACCGAGUUGAUGCAGCUCAUGACGUCGCCUGCUCCCGGCGUCUCGGCCUUUCCCUCCGCCGACGGCAACCUUCUCUCUUGGACCGCCACCAUCGAGGGUCCCGACGACACUCCCUAUGCCGGUCUCACCUUCAAGCUCAGCUUCGCCUUCCCCUCCAACUACCCCUACGCUGCUCCCACCGUCCUCUUCAAGACACCCAUCUACCACCCCAACGUUGACUUCUCUGGUCGCAUCUGUCUCGACAUUCUCAAGGACAAGUGGACUGCCGCCUACAACAUCCAGACUGUCCUCCUGAGUCUGCAGAGCUUGCUCGGCGAGCCCAACAACGCAUCCCCCCUCAACGGCGAGGCAGCCGAGCUGUGGGACAAGGACCCCGAGGAGUUCAAGAAGAAGGUGCUGGGACGUCACCAGGACGUUGAGGACGAGUAA